AUGAAGGGAAUUCUGAGGGCCUCGGCGUUGUUUUUGGGGUCGCCCUGCAUGGGAAUUGCAACUGCUUCUUUGCAAUCGCCCGAUACUUACUCCAUCCGCAUCAACACCCCCAAAGGCGGCCUCAUAGACAAUGACGCGAUUCUCGCAGGUAAAACAAAUGACACCACAUCAGCAGUUCCCAGAUCCAGCUCCGCCGGUACCAAUGGCGUUCAGAUAACGCAACAACACCCCUCGUCGCAGAUUCUUAAAGUUCAAGUAUCCAGCUCAAACCACUCCGCGAUCGGCGCUCGUUUCACCACAUCCAAAGAUGGGCUAUUUUACGGCGUCUGGGAAUAUCCAUUUUCCAACCAGCUCACAAAUCAAAAUAUAACAUUUGACUUAAAGGGCAUUGGUAACGCCGAGGGAAUCAAUUGGGCAAGUGCCCGCGCACCAUUCUUCAUCAGCACUGAUGGGUCCGGAUAUGGCGUCUACAUCGACACCCUAGCUAUGGGCUCCUUCUCCUUCUCCUCAGGACAAGCACAGUUUAUCUUCAAUACAAGCAAUCUUCUCUACUACAUCAUCCAGCCUGAUCGCCCGGGAGAUUACAAAUCAAUUAUAACACAAUACACAGCUCUAAGUGCGAGAAUUGAGAUGCCUCCUGACUCUGGAUAUGGCCCGAUCUUUUGGAGUGAUGAUUUCGAGCAGGAUUUCCACGAGGGUGUCACAAAUGCGGAGGAGAACUACUAUGAUGUUGUCAAUCAUCUUUAUUCCAAUAAAAUAAGGGCAACCGCGAUGUUUGCAGAUCGCCCAUAUGGGACGGGGAACUGGUCCUUUGGCAAUUUUGAUUUCGAUCCGAAGUAUUAUCCAAAUCCCAAAGAAUUUAUUGCGAAUUUGUCGGCAUCUGGAUUUGAUUUACAGGUCUGGGUGGCCAAUCGAGCAUUCCUCUAUACGGAACUUUACAAUGUCUCUGUGGCCAAUAGCUGGCUCUUUACUAACCAAGAUCCACACCAAUACCUCGGUCCAGCGCUCAAUCUCUCUAUACCAGCCGCAUACGACUAUUUCAAGGAGCAUUUGAAGGCUUUCACAAAUCUGGGCGUAAAGGGCUAUAAAAUUGAUCGAGGCGAGGAAGAUGAAAUGCCAGUAUACGAGCAAAAUAUCCAAAUGGGCCUGUUCGAACAAAUUUGUUACGACAACAUGGUUGAGAAAUGGGGAAAAGGGAACUUCUACAACUUCGCCCGCAGCGCCGUCGACCGCUCCCGCGCUGUCACCCACAUCUGGAACGGCGAUUCUCAUUCCGACUUCACAGGGCUCGCAUAUUCUGUGUCCUCUGGUAUUCGUGCAGGUUUGCUCGGAUACUCGAUGUGGGGUUCCGAUACAGGAGGGUAUUCACGUGGGCCGGACGACCCAAGUGAAGAGUUAUGGGCUCGUUGGAUGCACUUCAGUGCCUUCUCAACGAACUAUGAGAUCAUGGUGGGAUCAAAUCAUACGCCCUGGUACUCCCCAUAUACACCUCGUCUAGUCAACGUCCUGCAGCAGACAGCCCAGCUUCAUACUGAGCUUGUGCCUUAUAUCAAGUCUUCCAUGUACCAGUCGACAAAAACAGGUGUACCAGUCAUGCGCGCUCUGUUGCUGGAGUUUCCACAAGAUAAGAAGGGGUAUGAAAUUACGGAUGAAUAUUCCUUUGGGGAUGCAUUCCUGGUUGCACCUAUUGUCAGUGAGGGAGGUAAGAGGGAUGUGUAUUUCCCCACCGGGAAUUCCUACCUCGACUACCCCUAUACCAACGCAUCCAAAGUCUAUGCCGGAGGAAGCACCCGCUCCUUCUCAAUGGAGCUAGAGAACUCACCGACAUUUGUCCGCGAAGGUGCCAUAGUUGCCCGGGGGGAUAUUUUCCAGGGGAAUGCUAAGUGGGAAAAGAAAUGGGAACCGUGGCUGGAGAUUGAGAUUUUCCCAAGUUGGAAUAUCAAGGAGAGUGUGUUCGAGUAUUACAGUGCAGGAAAGAGGAAGGAUGUUGCUGAGAUUUCGGUUCAGAUGAUAAAAGAGGGGAACAGCGUAAAGAUCGAGUAUGAUGAUUUGGGUACUAAGGGGAUGAUUGUGGUGCAUGGGAAAGGGAGAGAUUAUACGUAUAAGUUGGAGAGAGGGGGCGGUGAGGUGGUGGUUAGGGACUUUGACAGUCUGUUUGGGCGAUAA